GGCUUUCUGCCUCAUACAACUGGACAGGAUGGUACGAUCGGGAUGAUCCCACAGGCGUUGCAGACUUUGAAGUUUAUGUAGAUUAUGCUACAGUACGUUUACAUUUCCUCCAUGUUAAUAGAAAAUAUAGUCAGUUGGUGAUUUCGUCAGAAAACGUUUACUAUAUACAGUGUGUUUUUCAAAUGCAAAAGUAUAUGUAAAAUCGGUACGGUAAAUAGAAGUGAGUAAACAUACUGUUACUGGUAAAAAAAUGUAUCAUGGCGAGAAAUAGUGGACAUGAAGAGGCGGAGUUAAUUCCACCUAAACUAGUACUCAGGUCGCGGAGUCGUUAACACUUCUGUGAUUCAGCUAGAACAAAAGGGACCAAAUAAUUUAUGCAAAAUGAAAUGAAAUGUUCAUUCGUAUAUCAGAAAAUACUCAAACUUUGAGGCUAACAACUGAAACAACGGCAAGUAAAUGUGAAAAAUGAUAUAAACUAUUAAGAAGAUAGUACUUUACGCUUUUCAAAUCAGAUUGAAACAAGUACGAAUAUAUAUCAUGCACUCAUAUAUUUUGACAAUUUCCAUGGCACGAUUGCUCAUGCAUGUGUUUACAAUCGAUUGGAUAAUCUUCUAUUGUGUAUGCUGACGAAACUUAAAUGUGAAAAACCGAAAAGAUUUUAACACUUAUGAAAUAUUGUUUAAUAUAUUUCAAUGUAGGUUGUUGUACACUGUCUGUAUCGGAUUGAAAUGAUUACUACACUUUAAAAAAGAGAGUGGUGAAUAGAGUAGGAUAUUUUUAUUCUCCCUUUCCAAACCUGAGCGGGGUUGGUAGCUUUGCUUAAUAAUUAGGCCAAACACCGUCACAGUAGGCCUUUGUUCUCUUUGUCUUGGCCUUUUGUUUUCUUUGUUUUCUAAAAGGCACUAAUGACGAUUUUGCUUAAUUAUUCAUCUAACUUACCAACCCUGAUUACCUGAGAUAAAUAUUGAUCAUGAUAAGAUUGCAGUAUCAAUUGAAAUAGACAAAUACUAGUUAGUUUUUGCCUUGCGUACACUUCGGAAAACGCUAAUUUAAGGACAGUCUUUGUUUCGAAAUUUCCAAGUAUAUCAAAUACCACUACAUAGAAUAACUGGAUCAGCUUUCCCAUAGAGCAAGUUGUAAAGCUGAAGCAUCAGAAGCUGGGUAAAUGUUAUCUUUCAAAGGCGAAUCUGGAUAUUACAAAAACAAACCUCUUCCAUGGUUGCUUAUUUAUCUUUGCAUUUAGCCACCGUGCGGAUCAAAUGCCAAGCCAGUUGGUGCCGAUUGUCGUGUGAAAACAACUGGUCUGGUCUGGUACAGCGCAAAUCAAGUGUUGCUGGAUUGUUAUGAGUGUAGUGCUAAGGGUCUCGCUUGUUUCAACAAAUACCAAACCAACGGCCAAUGCCAAGACUACGAAAUUCGCUUUUUGUGUUUAAGUCGUAAGUAUAUAUAUUGUAUAUAUACAUGUAUAAAGCGGGCGAGAGGACUUAACCUUAAAAUGUCAUUGUUCUCGCCAACUUAUAUUAAAUAAUUACGCUUAGGGUUUAGACUUUAGAAGUUGAAUUAAAAUGAUGUGAACUUAAAGGUUAUACAGAUCGUUUGAAGUUUGAAGAAUAUAUUUGCUUCUCCACCUGCAACCUUUCCACCUCCAGAAUCAACUUUCCUUUUUUGUAAAAAAAUUUAAUAUAGUUGAUCAACUAAUAAUUUUCCCCUAGGUCUAGAUCACAAGAUUUCAUUAAUAAUCAUUGAGUUAAAAAUGAAUUCGAUUUUCAAUUUGUUUAGAGUGA